UGCUGAAUCUCCGAUCAAAGAAGAAACUAAAAACAAAGACUCUUGUCGCCUUCUUCACUUUAAUCCCUCCGUCCGUCCACAGAUCAAUUCAUUCCACACUUUGUUUCUUUGAAAAUUACCCCAGAAUCAACCACUGACAGUCAUUUUUUUUAUCAUAUUUGGGGUUUUCGAGUUUAAUUGUGUUAAGAAUUGAGGGUGAAUUGUGCCUGGGAAAAUGGGUUUCUGAUGGAAUGGCAAAAGAGAGUUUCUGUGUUAAUGAAGCUUUUUGGUUAUUGAAGAAGAAGAAGAAGUAAACUAUAUGGGGAGUUCACAGCAGCCCGGUAGCUUUGGGGACCCUCAACAAAUCUCCUCUGAUAAUGUUAAUGGUCUUUGCUUGGCUAUUUCUUCUAGUUUGUUUAUUGGGUCCAGUUUUAUCAUCAAGAAAAAGGGUCUUCAAAAAGCUGCUGCAUCUGGCCUCAGGGCAGGCUCUGGAGGCUAUUCUUACUUGAUGGAGCCGCUUUGGUGGGCAGGAAUGAUAACAAUGAUUGUUGGAGAAAUUGCUAACUUUGCAGCUUAUGCAUUUGCACCUGCUGUCCUAGUCACACCUCUUGGUGCACUCAGUAUUAUUAUCAGUGCUGCACUUGCUCAUAUGAUAUUGGGAGAAAAACUGCAUAUUUUUGGAAUGGUUGGUUGUGUUCUAUGUGUUGUGGGCUCAACAACCAUUGUUCUGCAUGCUCCUCAAGAACGUCAAAUUGAGUCUGUAAAGGAACUCUGGGACCUUGCCACGGAACCUGCAUUCCUCCUAUAUGCAACUUUGGUUAUAGUGGCAGUUGUCAUAAUCAUUGUCCAGUAUGCUCCAAAAUAUGGACAGACUCAUAUAAUUGCUUAUGUUGGAGUUUGUUCACUCGUUGGUUCUAUUGGGGUUAUGAGUGUCCAAGCACUAGGAAUAGCAUUAAAAUUAACGUUCUCUGGGACGAACCAGUUGUUGUAUCCUCAAACAUGGGUCUUUGCAGUUGUCGUAGUGACAUGCGUGUUUACACAAAUGAACUACUUAAACAAGGCUCUUGAUACAUUCAACACAGCACUUGUAUCACCAAUAUACUAUGUGACAUUUACGUCACUCACAAUUGUUGCCAGCGUCAUCAUGUUUAAGGAUUGGAAUGGGCAAACAGCAACUCAAAUUAUUACGGAACUCUGUGGAUUUGUGACCAUUUUGUCAGGCACCUUUCUUCUUCACAAAACCAAAGACUUAGUUGAGGUUUCUUCACCAUCUGCAUUUAUGCGAUAUCCUAAAUACGAUGAAGGAGGAGGCUCCAGUGAAGAAGGCAUUCCUCUUAAGAAUCGAGAAUCCAUGCGAUAACCAAGAUUCAGUUGAAUAUCACAGCGUUUUUCUUAUGAGAGACAACAACUAUUGUUCCUUCCUGUUCUACUCAUGGACAACAAUAAGAUGGAAGAAAGUGUUUGGCUUGUUAGCUAAUGCAACAGUUGCUUUACACAGGCUAACAUUAGUUUGUACAUAAAACUACUCCAGGACGAAGUGUAAGUGGGAGUCCAGUUACCGGUAUAUCACUCUUGUCACUGGUAGUGGAACUUCCUCAGAUACUCGUGACAUCGAAGCUGACAUCUCCCCAGAACUAAAGGAAAGACAUUCAGGCAGGUGAUUGAAGAAAUUCUCUAAAUAUCUUAGUAAAGUUUGAAAUUGAUGCAUUUGAGAAUACCU